AUGGCCAAUGGGAGCUGUGGAGAGCCGCACGGGAUUGGAUGGAUUAUUAAUCACUUCCCGAGGCCACAAGGUCAAACAACCGAGAGGUCAUGUGACCUCGUGUCAACCUGGAGGCCCAACAACGGUCGAUACGCAGACAAGGAACUGGAGGAUAAGGAGAAUAAUAGACGGCCAAGUGCGAAGGACUGUCCGGAAGUUGGGAUUUUCUCGAACGGUAUCACAUUGGAUACAGGUGGUAGGAUUCGCCUUGACAAUUGA